AUGAGUGAUAUCAAACCAUAGACUGCUAAGAUUAUUUCCAGACUGAGAUUUGGACUCCAACAAGAAAACAAUCAACAGGAUGUCAAUAAGAUACAAACCAAUUUAAUUGAACAUUAUGAUGCAAGAGAUUUACGAUUGCAAGACUUAUAGGAUUGCUAGAAAGUUUACAAGGUGAUCAAGAAGGAAACCACUACCAAAUGGAUUCUAUUAUCUAAAUUGGAGGAAUGCAAAUAAUAAAUAAAAUUAGAAUUAUAAUAUUUAAGAAAAUUAGUGAUUUAUGUUUAGAAUCAUAAUAAACAAGGUUUGAAUAAAUCACAAUUGCUUGAAUUAAAUUAAUUAUCGACACUCUUAAACAUCUUUCAAACUAAUGUAGACCUUUUCGAAAACAACUCAUAUGAUAGAAAAGAUAAACUAAAACGUAUUAAGAUUGUUGAACUCGAAGAUAAGCAAAAGGUAAUUAAUGAAUGGAAGAAAUGGAUUAACAGAAAUGAGAGUUUCUUGGAACCACUCAUUUCUGAAUCUAAGCAAAUCACUGUAAAAGUUAUAGAGGAAGUCCUAACUUUAUCUUAUGAACUUAAAUAUAAAUUAUUACAAGAACCUGACAUCAUUGAUCCUGAGAGUACCUUGAAGUAUUAAAAUUAGGUUCAAGACCUAAGAAAGAAAUUGAACCUUGAUUAAUAUAAGAGAAGCAGAAAUCAAUUUGAAGAAUUCCAAUAAAUGUAAUCAAUUAUUAUCAACUAUUAGUAUUGAUAAUUUCAAUUAUCACAUCCCUAAACUCUAAGAUAUGAAUUAAUUGAAUUUAUCUGAAUUAAAGGAAAUCAAAAGAAAACUUAAAAACAAGUCAAAAACAGAAAUUAAUUAAAUGAAUUCAGGCAAGACUUCUCCAAAAAAGGAAGAACAAGUUCACUUACAAAAUGAAGUUGAUAACUGCUUACAUCAAUAUAAUAAGUAAUAGAAUCACAUAAUGAAUAUAGAGAAAAGCAAAGAAUUAGCAGAGUUGACAAAGCAAAAUAUAAGUAAAAUAUCAAAAACUCUUAGCGAGAAGUGUUUAUAGCAAGAAACAAUUAAGGAUCGAUUCAGAAAUUACACUAGAGUUUUGAAAUCAACAAUUUAAAUACAAGUAAGGGACAUCGAGAAUAUCUAAUUUCUAUGAUAGAUGGAUAACUCUUAAAACCAUAUACUCCUAUGGCUAGACUGAAUAUGGAUGAAUCGAAGGAGAUGUGCCAAAACUCUCGUAAUAAUGACAAUUGCUCUCAAAAAUAGAGUAUAAGGAAUGUAUCUCCAUAAACUUUUGUAGAAAGAAUAUCUUAAAAAAUUAAUGAUAUUACUACUUCUGGAGAGGAUGAAUUUUAUUCAAAACUAGAAUUCCCAGAACACUAAUCAUAAAAAUAAUAGGGACAAACUAAUAUGGAUAAUCAAAGAGGAGUGAAAAAAUAAUACAAUCAGAAGUUUAUCUAACAAGUUAAUAACAACGAAGUUAAAUUAGUCAAGCAAUGCUAAGGUAAUAAUUUCUAUUGAGCUUAAGAUUUCUAUACAACUAGAAUGAAAUUCAACAAUAAGUUCACUGAACUAGUUACAACCUUGUAAAAGGAUCGUCCUUUGACUUCCAGUAUUAGAUCAAGGUCUCUAACGGUAAAUUAAAAUUAAAGAUAAGACAAUAUCUAAAAACUAAGAAAAGUGGCUGAAAAAGCUCGUCAAAAUUUCUUUCUUCGAAAUAAGGAAUAAAGAUUAUGGCUUUAAAAUCUGGUUCAAUCAUACAAAUUAACUGAUCCAACAAUUUAGCACAUCAUUGAACAAUUAUCAUACAUUCUCGAGGGUAUUUUUAAUUAAAAUAUAUAGAGGGAUUAUUUAUCAAGGUAGAUGACAUUAUCUCUAUGUUAAAACAAAUUGAUGAUUCCACAGAAUUAACAAUGACUACAAAAAGUUGUGAGCUUCUAGAUCAAAUAUUCAUCUACUUUGGUAUAUAAAUCUCUGAAUUAAAUUAUCACAAGAAAUUUAGGAAAUUCAAAUCUAAUCAUGAUUGA